AUGGGGCUGGAGGCGGCGCGAGAGCUGGACUGCUCGGCGCUGGGCGCGCUGCUGCGGGAGCCGUGGGAGGCUGAGCGCACGCUGCUGCUCGAUUGUCGCCCCUUCCUGGCCUUCUGCCGCCGCCACGUGCGCGCCGCGCGGCCGGUGCCCUGGAACGCGCUGCUGCGGCGCCGCGCGCGCGGCCCCCCUGCCGCCACCCUCGCCUGCCUGCUGCCUGACCGCGCGCUGCGGGCGCGCCUGGCCCGCGGGGAGCUGGCGCGGGCCGUGGUGCUGGACGAGGGCAGCGCCUCGGUGGCAGAGAUCCAGCCCGACGGCCCGGCCCACGCGCUGCUUGCCGCGCUGCUGCACGAGACCGGCGCCGGACCCACCGCCGUGUGCUUCCUGCAGGGAGGCUUCGACAGCUUUCAAGCCUGCUGCCCCGAUCUGUGCUCUGAGUCCCCCGGCCCCGCGAUGCCACCAGAAAACAGCCGCCCCGACCCCAGGGGUCCCUCGUAUGACCAGGGUGGCCCUGUGGAGAUCUUGCCCUACCUGUACCUGGGCAGCUGCAGCCACUCGUCGGACCUGCAGGGGCUGCAGGCUUGCGGCAUCACAGCCGUCCUCAACGUCUCAGCCAGUUGCCCCAACCACUUUGAGGGCCUGUUGCGCUACAAGAGCAUCCCGGUGGAGGACAACCAGAUGGUGGAGAUCAGCGCCUGGUUCCAGGAGGCCAUUGGCUUCAUUGACUCGGUGAAGAACAGCGGAGGCCGGGUGCUGGUGCACUGCCAGGCGGGCAUCUCGCGCUCCGCCACCAUCUGCCUGGCGUACCUGAUACAGAGCCACCGCGUGAGGCUGGACGAGGCCUUCGACUUUGUUAAGCAGCGCCGGGGAGUCAUCUCCCCCAACUUCGGUUUCAUGGGGCAGCUGCUGCAAUUUGAGACUCAGGUGCUGUGUCACUGA